AUGAUGAAUCAACUGCCUCCUCCUCAACGUCCUGCUUUUUCAUCAUCGGAGAUGAUCAAUAACUCUUCUAAUACUCCCAACAGCAGCACAUUUGUUGGAACUGCAUCUCCACAUGCCCAAGAUUUUAUGGACAGAUGUUUGGAAAAAGUUCCAGGCUCUCAGAAAUUCUGGGAUUGUUGCUUUACGAUAUUCAUGGUACUAUUUGUUCUGAUUGGAGUUGCCAUUGUCCUGUUAGUUGCCAUUUUCUACCACAAUCGAGUAAUUUUUAUUGUUGAUAGUGAGUGUAAUGCUCUCGGAAAGAAGGACAUUAUUUUACCUUCUAACCUUGUGAGUUCGUUUUGGAAACGAUGCCAGACUGCAGGAGAUAGUCAAUAUCCAACAUCCUUUAACUAUGCCUUGAAAGAUAUAAAAUGUAUGAAAUCAACAAGCUACGGAAGAGUGUUGAACACUGGAAAAUUAUUGAAUUUGAAAAAGACUAUUGUGAAUAAUGUUAUUUCGAUUGCAGAUACGUUUUUACAAGAAAAAGCUGUUUGUGACUCACAAAGAACCACUCUACUAAAGAUUCAAAAUAAGUACAAGACCUAUGCGACAAAACUUGGCAACAACCAAGAUGUAAAUCUUCCCAAGUAUUUCAAAACAUAUACUCUAACUCAAGCCUUUGAGCAAGCUCUGGCAACAAAUAAUGCAAACCAAAAGGAUUCACUUGCUGACAAGAAAGUAUCAUGGUUUUCAACAGUACCAGAAUACAAAAGCAUUCCAGAUCAGGAUGGAGUAGCCACAUUUGGUGUUGCACUUUCAUCAAAAUUUGAUGAAGCACAAUGGGACUCUAUUUUACGUCAUGAAUCUACUGAUGCUGGUUCUCGAUUAUGGGUCAGAUUGAAUCUUACCGAGUCAGUUCCACUUUUCACAACUGAUAACUUUGAUUACUUGACGAAUUUCGUUGUGUCUGACAAUGCAAAUCUUACCCAAUUUUUUGAAAUUAUCAACCAACAAGUUCAAGACAGUUACAUCAAGAAUUUGAUUCUUAACCAAACCGAUUUUGUUAUCAGCUAUACUGAAAUGAGAGCUGAACUCAUGUUGUUAAAUCUUGCCAGAAUUAAUAGCGGUGACAGAGCAAACGUCAUGGCUGAAUAUUCAAUGAUUGUAGGAGUUCCAAAUGGUGACUCUAUUGAUCAAAGAAUUUUAUUAACAUGGGGUGAUGUGAAAGAGGUACCUCCAGAAGGAAUUUUACAAAGACUUGCGGAGGGAAAUCUUCAAUCGACCUUUAUGGUUCAAGGUUUUUCGAAAGACUCUGUAUUUAGCCAAGAUUUCCUUAACGUUGUGGAGAGAAUGGAUAGCACAAUUACUUUCAUCACCACAGAUGUCACUUGUAACAUUCGAUCACAAACCACCAUUGAUAAGGUUGUUUUAAACAAGUGUAACUUGCUGAAACGAGCACUUCAAUGGAAUCAAGAUGCAUCCUUCAACUCAGUGACCGCACCAGCUCUCUAUAAUCCUGCCAACAAGUUUUAUCUUGGACUCAAGCUUUACAAAUCUUCCAAUGUUGACGUUUUUGAAGCAUUAGCGAAUGGUCAAGCAGAUGAAUUCCACUUUUAA